CCACACAGACACUCCCACUCCCACACUCAUUCAAUUCACUCUCUCCUUUACUGCAUUGAGCACUAGACCACUCUCUCUCUCUCUCUCUCUCUCUCUCUCUCUCUCUCUCUCUCUAAAAGCAUUUUCUCAUCAUGGGUUUCCCUGUUACACUAACCACCACACUCAUUUUGGUCGCAUUGUGCCUCCGUGCGGACGCCCGCAUACCGGGAGUGUACUCCGGCGGGCCGUGGCAGAGCGCCCACGCCACCUUCUACGGCGGCAGCGACGCAUCCGGCACCAUGGGAGGGGCGUGUGGGUACGGAAAUUUAUACAGCCAAGGAUACGGUGUGGAGACGGCAGCGCUGAGCACGGCGCUGUUUAACGACGGGCUCAGCUGCGGGGCGUGCUUCGAGCUCAAGUGCGCCGACGACCCCAGGUGGUGCCAUGCCGGCAGCCCCUCCAUCCUCAUCACGGCCACCAAUUUCUGCCCCCCCAAUUACGCCCUCCCGUCCGACAACGGCGGGUGGUGCAACCCCCCUCGCCCCCACUUCGACCUCGCCAUGCCUAUGUUCCUCAAAAUCGCCGAGUACCGCGCCGGGAUCGUACCCGUAUCCUUUCGAAGAGUGCCCUGCCGUAAGUCGGGAGGGAUCCGGUUCACGAUCAACGGAUUCAGUUACUUCAACCUGGUGCUGAUCACGAACGUGGCGGGGGCGGGCGACAUAGUGCGGGCGAGCGUGAAGGGCUCGCGCACCGGGUGGAUGCCGAUGUCGCGCAACUGGGGCCAGAAUUGGCAGUCCAAUGCCGUCCUCGUCGGACAAUCCCUCUCCUUCCGCAUCACCGGCAGUGACCGCCGCACUUCUACUUCCUGGAACGUCGUGCCUGCGAAUUGGCAGUUCGGCCAGACCUUCUCUGGCAAGAACUUCAGGGUCUGAUCUAACAAGAACUACUUUUAUGGUGAAAGCGGGAGCCGUAAUUGAACUAUAGCACAUUUUGAAAUAAAUAUUUAAAUUUUAAAAAAUUUUAAUCGUACUAUCUAACGUUACAGUAACUUUGAAAUGAUAACAUCAACUGAAAGGGUUUUACUUUAACUACCGAUUGAUACCGUGUUGUUUGCGAACAUUUUUAACGUAAUCUUUCGUCGAAAGAGUUACAGAUACUGUGAGGUUAGACUAUGAAGUUUAAAUCUUUCGAACUUAAAUACUUAUUUUAAAAUGUGCUAUAGCUCAGGAAUGGUCAAUUCGCUUUUACCUUUUUCGAAACCACGAUUUCCAAAUGGGAGUAGUUGGGGGUUGGGUUUUUUUUUUUUUUUUUUUUUCCAUUCAACUUCUUUCCCCCUCCGUUCUCACUAUUGCUUUUUCGUUCUAUUUAAUUACUCGUAAAGCUGUUACUAGUGGAUUUUAAGUGAGGAAGGGAAAAGAGUGAUGGAGAAGUGAGUUUGGGCAUUGUUAGCCCAAUGUUUUAGUAGGGUAUGUGGUGUUUUUUCUUCUAUGGGAGGUGUAUGGGUCUCGACUAAGAUGGGGGAGUUUGUGGAGAAGCGAUGCUGCAGCUGAAGCGGCUGCAGAUACCAGAAUGGAAGAUCAUGUAGCCCGCAGCUGCUUAGAUAUAUAUAUUUAAGGAUAUUUAAUAUAUGAACUAUGAAAUGUUGAUUGUGAUUACAUUUUCUUAUAUUUAAUGGUUAUGUUAUUAAUAAAAAAAUUAUAUAUAUUGUCUGAAAA